AUGGUCAUUUCAUCAUGUUCCUCAGAUUGGUCUCUACCUUGCACCAAAUGUUACUACACAAAAACAUCCUUAAACUUGCAUGCAUUCAUCAUCCCCAUGUGCCAUUUCCCUUCCUUCAGCUCAAUUUCCACCUCAAAUACUAAACUCUUCCAUGCAAGUUUCUCAGCUUCUUCUCACAUCCCCAUCUUAGAAGAACACUCCUCCAACACCCCUUUGAUCCAUCUAGAUGUUAACUUCUCUGACCCUAAGAAAUACUCCAAGCCGGAAAUUGAUCAGAAUUUGAAUGAUUUUCUACGUGGGCUGUUUGAGGAUUCAAAAAAAGAUGAACUUGCUUUUGAGUACUAUCAAAGACUCAAAAAGAGACCAGAGUUUAGACCAAAGAAAUCUACUUUGAAUCAUGUGAUAAGGUUGAUUAGUUUUUGCAUUAAGAAUAGAAAAUUCAAGAUUGCUGAGAGUUUUCUUGAUGCUUUUAGCUCUGAUAGUGAAAUUGGUGUUUUGGCUUUUGGUUCUGGUUUGGAGAGUUAUAAUAAGCUUCAUAUGUUUAGGAGAACUAUUUUGGUGUUUGAGAAAAUGAAAUCGGAUAAUGUUGUUUUGGAUUCGAGAUGCUAUUUACUUGUUAUGGAAGCUUAUUCGAGAGUUGGUAAUUGCAAUCGAGUUGUUGAAUUGUUUAGUGAGUUAGAAAGUAAGAAAUUAAGCGACUCGAAUGGAUGUUUAGGUCAAAUGUAUGGUGUUCUAUGUGAGUCAUUAGGGAAAUCUAGAAGGCCUUUUGAAGCAUUAGAGUAUUUUAGAGAUAUGACUAAGAAAGGGGUUUUCGAAUACUCGAUUUACUCUACAUUGAUAUGUUCUUUCGCGAGCUUGCGUGAGGUUGAGGUUGUUGAGAAACUUGUAACCGAAGCUAGAAGCAAAACGACGAUAAGGGAUCCCGAGGUGUACUUAAAGCUUGUGUUAAUGUAUGUUGAAGAAGGCUUGUUGGACAAGACAUUGGAAGUUGUUGAGGCGAUGAAGGAGGCCGAUGUCAAGGUUUCUGAUUGCGUUUUAUGUGCUAUCAUCAAUGGUUUUAGCAAAAGAAGAGGCUUUUUGUCUUCGGUUAAGGUUUUCGAGAAACUGAUUAUAAAAGGCUAUGAACCCGGUCAAGUCACGUACGCAUCGAUUAUAAACGCCUAUUGUCGUCUAGGCCAAUACAUCAAAGCUGAGAAUGUUUUCGCGGAGAUGAUACAAAAGGGGUUCGAUAAAUGUGUUGUGGCAUACUCAAGCAUGAUUGUGAUGUAUGGAAAAACUGGUAGGUUAAGAAAUGCGAUGAAGUUGGUUGCUAAGAUGAAAGAAAAAGGGUGCAAACCGAAUGUAUGGAUUUACAAUUCGUUAAUCGACAUGCACGGAAAAGAGAAGAAUUUGAGGCAGAUAGAGAAGGUUUGGAAUGAAAUGAAGAGAAGAAAAGUAGCACCUGAUAAGAUUACAUACACAAGUAUGAUUGGUGCUUAUUGUAAAGCAGAAGAGUUUGAUAAAUGUGUGAAGCUUUAUAAUGAGUAUAGACUCAACAAAGGUGUGAUUGAUAAAGCUAUGGCAGGGAUAAUGGUUGGUGUGUACUCAAAACUUGGUAAGGUUGAUGAGUUGGUGAAGCUUUUACAAGAUAUGAAAAUGGAAGGAACUGGUUUGGAUCAGAGGCUAUAUCAGUCUGCAUGGAAUGCUUUUGCAGAAGCUGGAAUGGAAGUGCUGACAAAAUGGAUGAAAGAGAGUUUUCGUGUAACAUAG